AAGUCCUUAGCAACAGGCCAGAAACUCAGAGGGUUCCCGCAAUUCCUGUUAUCUCUGGCUGGUGCCUGGGAACCCCAGGGAAUGCAGGGCAGCAUUAAAAACAGAAUACUAAAUAUUGCUGCUGAAGGCAAGGCAUCUUCUUGCAGAGGAGGCUCUGCUGGGCUUGUACCAGCAGAAAAGGACUCCUCUGAGUAUCCUCCCUGCGCUAUGGAGUUGAGGUCUGGUGAGCCAUCGGGGAAGGUGAAAGAAAGGGAGAAAGGAAAGAGAGCCCACAGAGAUUCCUCACGAGAGGUACUUGAAUGGAGGGAGUCCUUCGACCAGCUCCUGAAGAGUAAAAAUGGGGUGACAGCCUUCCACACCUUCCUGAAGACAGAGUUCAGUGAGGAGAACCUUGACUUCUGGCUGGCGUGUGAGGACUUUAAAAAGACACGGUCGAAAACCAAGCUGGCUUCCAAGGCCAACAGGAUCUUCGAGGAGUUUGUCCAAAGUGAGGCACCCAGGGAGGUGAAUAUCGACCACGAAACCAGGGAGAUCACCCGGAAGAACCUCUCAGGUGCCACCUCCGCUUGCUUCAAUGAAGCCCAGGCCAAGACCCGCACCUUGAUGGAGAAGGACUCCUAUCCUCGGUUCCUCAAGUCUGCCUCCUACCAGGACAUGACCAAGCAGGCCACCAGCCGUGGCAUCAGCAAACGGUCGCAUACCUGACCCGAGCCCGAAUCCACCACGGGGGGACAAGCUGGGGGACCAGGCAGAGGCUGAGAGAUGGUUUGUGAGGGCUGAGGUCCACACAGCAGGGUUUUGGCUGAAGUCCCAGCAUAUUAGGAGCAUCCUCAGGACCUCAAGUGCUUCUGCUUCUCACCAAGCUGCUGGGAAGAGAUGUCCUCCCUCCCCAGAGGAGCGGAGCGGGUGGGAAUGGCUCUCAUGCCAGUGUGUGCCCAAUACCUCCCCUUGCAGCAUGGCCAGAGACCUGCACCAUCGCAGGGACAGAAAGAAAUUGGAUUUGAGUUGCAAGCCUGGGAGAAAGAGUCUGGAUUCCCUUGAGCAUCCGUAACUGGAGAGCUCUCUCCUGAUCUCAGGACCCUGCCUCUGACCUGCAGCAUCAGUGCGGAGCCUCCACAGGAGCCUGCAAUUCCCGCUGUGCCCGGGGGCAACUGUCCCAGACCUGCCUGCAGGGCUUUUCCUAUGAGGGAUCAGCCAGAAGAUAAGUCCAGACUACGAGGCGUUGUCAGCCAGAGAGACCCUGUGCCUGCCUUCUCCUGAUCCUGAGAUCCUUAUUCUCCCGUCUCCUAUGCAUGCUCUGCAUCAAAGCUUUCCACCUCCUUCCAGUACAGCAUAUCCCUAGAAGUGACAUUUUUAUCCCUUGCUUAAGCCACAUGACCUUUAGGUUGCAUAACUUUUUAUUAAUGUUAUUUAUUUUAUCGUUAUUGUUAUUAUACACAG